UCGGGAGCAUUCGAGUACAUAUGGAUGAAAUAAAAGACAUGUGUAAACAGUUGCCAAGUUGAAUAAAAAAACAUAUACGUCUAUCGCGCAGCUCACGCUUGCCGCUUCGUCACUUUGCUGGUGUCUGUAGUAGCGAUUAGAAUUGUGUGGGUGAUAUAUAUGUGGCUUGCGCUCCUCCGGAGUCUUCAUCAUCAGUCCGUGUAAAAGCAGUCCACCGAUGUUAUAGACGAGGAAGUGAGCAAGUUUUGUAUCAAUUUUCCUUGCGAAGAUAAAAAUUGCCGGGAGAAUAAUAAUAAAGACGUGCAUGAUAGUAGCAGUAGUUAUCCGCGUGGAAAAUUAUCUCCUUUGAUUAUUUUAGUGCAACGAUCAACAUGAAAGACAUAAACGCGCAGAUUCAGAAAGAUGGGUACGUUGUGCUGGAGAAUUUUUUCACCCCGGAGGACGUUGAGGAGAUGAAGAAUUGCGGGGAGGAAUUUACGAAUAAUUUGCCACCGGAGAACCAGAGGAGUAUCUUCAAUACGAUUGAUACCCAACAGAGCAAGGAUCAGUAUUUUCUCGACAGCGCUCACAGAGUGAGUUCUUUCUUCGAAUCCGAGGCCCUCGAGGACGAUGGAAAGUUAAAGGUCCACCCGAGAGUGUCUUUGAAUAAGGUAGGACAUGCUCUUCACUGGCUUCAUCCGACGUUCAAAAGGCUGACUUUCGAUGAGAGGAUAAAGGAGGCUGCGUUUCAGUUGAAUUUCCAGGAGCCCGCGGUCGCUCAGUCCAUGUACAUUUACAAAAAUCCGGGGUUGGGGUCACAAGUAAAUACCCAUCAGGAUGCUUCUUAUCUUCACACAGAGCCAAUAAAGCUCAUCGGAUUUUGGAUAGCAUUGGAUGAUGCCACUCUAGAUAACGGGUGCCUCUGGAUUGCCCCAGGAUCUCACAAGAGUGGUGUCCACAGGAGAUACAUCAGGAAUAAGGAUACUACCUCGCAGGAGUUGCUUAUUUAUGAUAAAUCAGCGCCGUGUUACCCCAUGAGCAACUUUCGUCCUGUGACGGUACGAAAGGGCACCUGCAUUCUCAUCGACGGUCAAGUUGUUCACUACUCCAAAGCCAAUAAGAGUGAAAAUUCUCGACAUGCUUAUACUUUCCAUAUUAUUGAGACAACAGACGUUCGUUACUCCAAAGACAAUUGGCUUCAACCACCACCGGGUGGAUUUCCACUACUAUAUAGAAAUUAAUUGAAAAAUAGUUCAUUGAUGCUUUUAUGAUGUUAAGUAAUUACAGUCUGGAUUAUAUAAUCCACAUAUAUGUGGCUGUGAACUUAUUUUACUUAUUUAAAAAUUGAGAUACACAGAAAUAUCUCUGUUUAUCAAGUAUUUUUGUUUUAAUGUGAGCUUUGUAUUGAAUAAAUUGUUACUACUGCUGAAAAUUCA